AUGAUUAUCGAUACAUUGUCGUCUGGAGUUCGCAGAAUUCCGGAUUUUGAGGUUGCACAAAACGUUUACCUUCUUCAGCAGGGCUUUGGGAAUGAUGAGCUUGUGUACCGAAUCCUUGAACAAAUCAAGGAACAACAGAUGGCUCCCUACUAUGACUACAUAACUAAUGAAUUGAAGAUACCAGGACUCAAGUUUGACAAAGAAUUAUAUGAUAAACUGGCUCAGCAGAACACCGAAAAGGUUGCUGACUUAAAGAAGCAGCUAGAGAAGCUUGCAGAGGAUGAUGAAGGAGAAUUGGAGAUUUUGAAAGUUUGGACAGACCUUCUAGAGUAUUAUGCUGCGAUUGGCGACAAAACCAAUGCAUUGACCACCUACCAAAAAACUUUCGAGCUGGCACCGUCCACAGGCUCGAAAAUUGAUCUGGUUUUAACCAUUGCAAGAAUCGGAUUCUUUUUCGAUGAUAAAUUGUUCACUAAGAAAUACCUUGAUGAAGCAAAUAUUUUAAUUGAGAAAGGUGGAGAUUGGGAAAGGCGAAACCGGUACAAGACGUAUCUCGGAAUUUACCUGAUGUCUACUAGAAAAUUUGAGGAAGCAUCUAAACUUUUGAUUGAUUCACUGGCUACCUUCACAUCGACUGAGAUUUCUACAUAUGAGCAGGUGGCUCAAUACUCACUGAUUUGCGGUGCUAUUUCAUUAGAAAGACCAGAUUUGCGUAAGAAACUGAUCGAGUCCCCAGAGAUCCUAACUAUCGGUUCCAAUUCACCCGAACUAGCUUCAAUCUACAAUCUGAUCAAGUCGCUGUAUUACUGUGAGUAUCAAGAUUUCUUUCCAAAUUUGAUUAAGACCCAUGACGAGAUCUUGGUGAAAAAUAAAUUCUUGCGUCCUCACACCAACUUCUACAUGAGAGAAAUCAGAUGUAAGGCAUAUUCACAAUUGCUAGAGAGCUACAAAUCUUUAUCGCUCAAGUCGAUGGCCGAGAGUUUUGGGGUCUCCGAGGACUUUUUGGAUCAAGAUCUCUGCAAAUUCAUUCCGAAUAAAAAAAUCAAUUGCAUCAUAGACAAAGUGAAUGGAAUCGUCGAAACGAAUAGGCCUGACAACAAAAACAACCAGUAUCACGCUCUCAUCAAAAAUGGAGAUUCUUUGUUGACCAAACUCCAAAAAUACGGUGCAGCGGUGCGUUUGAGUGGUGCAGAAAAGGUGUAG